AUGUACAGCAAAAGUAGAGCAAGUUCGCAUUUGCUUCAAUGCAUUGCGGAAACUUUUACUCCUUCUGAAUCAACAACUGAAGGGUAUUUAAUUUGCGUUUCUUCACGCGACUUUCCAAGUUGGUAUUGGAUGUAUAUAACAGUUCCCAAAAACUUUACUUUGAGGAUGUUGGACGACCUCUUACGCGACACUUGGUUGGAAUGUUGUGGGCAUCUGAGCGCAUUUUACAUCGGUAAUCUCGAUUAUUCAUCUCAUCCAAUUUCAGGAGAUGGUAGCCAAUCGAUGAACAAAAAAAUGGGUCAAGUUUUGUCUCCAGGUUUGAAAUUCGAAUAUACCUAUGAUAUGGGAUCGUCCACGGAUCUUAAGCUUGACGUCAUAGCAACACUGCCUGCCUGCCCAUACGAUGAAAUUACGCUCAUGAUGAGAAACGAUCCGCCCGCUUUUACAUGUGAAAUAUGUAACAAACCUGCUGAAACCAUUUGCACUCUAUGCAGUGAGAAAACAUGCACAGACUGUAAUGAAAAACAUUCUUGUGUAGUUAACGAAAAUGAUACAUAUAUGUUAGCAAAUCUUGUCAAUUCUCCGCGUACAGGUGUUU